AACAACGUUUGACAUAGAUAGGACCAAGUGUGGUCGAGGUAUGCUAAGGGAAUAAAGGAGUAGGGCACUGGAGUCAGAGUGGAUGCACAGUUUGAUGCUACCUUUGAACCAGUAGGGGACAGAGCUGCCUCGCUUAAGGGACAAUUGGGGCAUAUAGUACGCAGCGGGCAUAUAGAGUUCCCCUCAAAUACAUUAAUUGGAACUCAGUACCCAAAGAUGUCAUAGAGUCCAUUUGGAAAGAGGUUAAGGUAUAAAUCAAAUUUUCAAACAUUCUGGUAUCCUUAUUCUGAUAUUUGCUAAUUUGGUACUUUGUAGGAUAACUUGAUAUUUGCUCCAGAGGGUUUUAAGCUAGUUUGCUUGGAUUUGUGUAAUAAGAUGCGGAAGGAUCACAAGAACAAGACAAAAAGCAAGUUCUAUGUGCCCUUUAGGACAUCUCUAGAUAUUAGUUUCAAAGUGCCUGUGAAUAUAAUACCGGAGCAGUGGAGAGAGCUCGUGGAGUAUUGGGGGAGCAAGGAAGCAGAGGAGAUAGCAACCCGAAAUUCAAAAAAUCGAAAGCUUCGUGGCAUAACUCAUAAGACGGGGCGAAAGCACUUCUCCCAAAUACACUAUGAGAUGAAAAAAAUGGUGAGAGAACCGAUAAGAAGCGUCUCUUCAUUAAGACACAGAAAAGAUGAUCCAGAAAUGGCUUUGCUCGUGACACAAUUCAAUGAGCACCUCUCUAAGGUGCCUGAGCACUUGCGGACAACAGAUACGCUAGAUCAGAUUUUCUGUGAGAUGGUAGGAAAGGAUGGAAAAAGUUAUUGUCAGACCUAUAGUUCUGCAGUGAGUGCAUUGGAUAAACAGGACACAAACCCAUCCUAUGCAUUCAAUCUUUCAACAAUCAUAGAGAUCGCUCAACAAGUCAAGGAGGAGGUGAAAGAGAAAUUUAGACUAGAAAUCGAGCAAUUGAAGGCGCGAAUUACUUUUUUGGAGUCCCAUUGUUGGAAUGUAGAUGUGGAGUACAAAAAAUAGUAUACAUAGAUAUUUUAACAGCUUUAAAUUAUAUAGAUGCAAAUGUUAACAUGUGAUAUAAAAUUUUGUAGGUUUCGGAUGCAUCUAGUGAGCACCUAUUUGUGGAGUCCGUAGGAGAUGACAUUUCACAGUCACAAGAAGAUUCUCAUGCGCCAUCACCAUCUUCAUGAUCUUCUAAAUAGGUAAACAUACAUACGUUAAAAUGCAAAACAUAGUUAAGGGUUGUCCGACUGAAAACCCUUUGUGGCAUUAGGAGGUUGAGA